UUUUUUGCCUUAGGGAAGGGAUAGAUCGUCCUGAAAUUUUGACAAUUUUUAUUGUUCGUGUCUUUGUUUAUUUUAAGUGAUUUACAUGAAUUUCCAUCCGUGAUCUUGUAUCUACUUAGUAGACCCGACACUUAGGAUAUACAGUGUUGUUAAUAUUUUACUAAUCUUCAGAAGACAGUUAGCAAUAAGAAGAUAAAAAUCACCUUUUGCGUAGUUUGUUGAGAUAUAUUACAAUGUUGUUAUUAAGUCAGACUCAUUGUUUAUUUUGUUGGACAUCAAAUUAUUUGUUCUUGGCUAAUGGUAACCGAAUUCCACGGAUAAAAAAGACAAUAUUUGCGUCCUAGAUAAACUGAAAACAGAUGAGAUUUGCUGCUAUAUAUAUAUAUAUAUUGAUAACUUUUAUUGUCAUCCUAUCAUUUGCACACUCUACUGUAUUGAAACAUUUUAAAAACAAUGAUGUUUCCACUUAUAGUAGUGUAUAUUGUGUGUUUAAAUGAAAUACUUGCUAACCAGUCCCUUACAGACAAAACGUUGAUGGACAAUUCGAUACCUGAUACUACGUCUGGUAGAGUUUCUAAUAUUUUACUGGGCAUUCUGAAUCAAGAAAGUUUAGUUCGAUUCUCGAUGGUUCAAAAAAUUCAGAAUCUGGAGAAGGAUGUGAUUGACAACAAAAACAGCACUCGUUACACAGAGAAAAGACUUAACGAUGUUUUAAAAGAAUUACAGACGUCAGAGGAAUGGCAUCAACAAAUAAGGAGAGAAAAUCUUAAAUUACAAGAGGACUUACAUACCCUGAAUGAGACACUGGACAAUAUUCGAGAGAAUGUAAAUCAAUCAAUAUCUCAAUUAUCUGAUGGGAUAUCCAGAGUUGAUUCCAAAGUACUCCCAAGGUAUUGCUAUGAUAUACUGAAAAAAUAUCCAAACGUGAAAGGGAAAGAUGGCGUCUACACUAUUUUUACCGGCUUGAGUGUCGCUUCCGUUUACUGUGACAUGACGACGGACGGAGGUGGGUGGACGGUUUUACAGAAAAGAACAGAUGGCUCAACUGAUUUCUAUCGGAUUUGGGAUGAAUAUAAAUAUGGUUUUGGUGAUCCAAAGGAAAACUAUUGGAUUGGGAAUGAUGCAAUCCAUGCUUUAACCAAAGAUCAGGACCAGGAACUGCGAGUAGAUCUCCAGAGAUUUAAUGGGGACACAGCGUAUGCUGAAUAUUUCACGUUUUAUAUCGGAAACGAGGCUGAUAAAUACCAACUCACGGUGUCCGGUUACACGGGAAAUGCAGGUGACAGUUUGGGUCCACAUAAUGGUAUGAGAUUCAGUACAAAGGACCAAGAUAAUGAUAAAGCCAGUUACAACUGUGCUAUAAAUCGUCAUGGAGCAUGGUGGUACAGUGCUUGUACAAACUCAAAUCUUAACGGGAAGUAUGCUCUGUCUGCAGUGACUAGCUAUAAAAGUCCGUUUUGGUAUCGCUGGACAAACGAAUAUAGAGCACUACAAAGGACUGUUAUGAUGAUAAGACACAAACGCCCGAGUUAAUGGAAAAGCAGUCCUACAUGUACAUAAUGAUUUUCUGUAAGAAAUACAAGGAACCUACUUUCAAUGACUUAUUUGUGUACUUUCUAGUGUUUAUACUCUUUUUUGUGAUGGACAACAAUCUUUUUUUUCUGAGAACGACAUGGUAAAACACUCCCACAGUUUAUAAUGAAUUAACAUUUACAAGAAAGUUAAUUCCAAUUUCCCAUGAGUUUGAAAGUAUUGUUAUCUAAAAGAAUCUAAUAAAUUAUGUUUGUACUCAAACAAAA